AUGCUUUUCCGAAAUUGCGCCACCAGCAUCGCAUUGCUUGCUUCCAACGCAGCAGCUACAAUAUAUUACGCAGGCGUCGCUGAAAGCAGUGGGGAAUUCGGAGUCUGGAGUGCGACAGCGACCCCUGGUACUGGGCUUCCAGGAACAUUUGGCGUCGAUUAUGCAUUCAUUAAUAAGAGUGCUAUCGAUGUCUUCGUUGAUCAGAACAAGGUCAACCUCUUCCGAGUAGCCUUCCUCCUUGAACGAAUGUGCCCACUUUCAUACGGGCUAGGGUCAAAAUUCAACGAGACGCACUUCUCUUUCUUCAAAGAUGCAAUUGAUUAUGUCACAGUCAACAAGUCUGCAUAUGCAAUCCUUGACCCGCAUAAUUACAUGAGAUACAACGAUCCUAGUAGCCAACCUAUGACUGGCAGCAUCAUUGGUGAUACGUCGGAUGUGAAGGCUGCCACGACGGCCCAGUUCGCUGCCUUUUGGGGAGAGCUUGCAGGACGAUUUAAAGACAACGAGAAGGUGAUCUUUGGCUUGAUGAACGAGCCUCACGACAUGCCCACAAGCCUAGUUCUCGCGAAUGAUCAAGCAGCCAUCAACGCGAUCCGAAAAGUCAAUGCAAAGCAACUGAUCAUCGCGCCCGGAAAUAGCUGGACUGGAGGCCAUUCUUGGACAUCUGGUAGUGAUGCAUCUUCUCUCAUCAUGGCAAAUAUCUCGGACCCGCUCAACAAUACCGCAUUCGACAUCCACGAAUACUUCGACUCCGAUUACUCGGGUGGGCAUGUCAACUGUACCAAUCUUGCCUCGACUCAGCUCGCUCCGUUGACGGCUUGGCUUGCGCAGCAUAACUUCCGGGCUAUGAUUACUGAGUUUGGUGCUUCGAAUAGUACGGGAUGUACCUCCUAUGUCUCGGACAUUAUUUCUUAUAUGGAAAAUAACCCACAGUAUAUUGGAUGGACUGCAUGGGCAGCUGGUCCAUUCUGGGGAACGAGCAGUCCUUGUUGCACAGAUCAAGCUCAUUGGGGAAGUCUGGAACCUGGCAGUACGGCCGCUGAUGGGAGUCCCAGUCUGUACGAGACGGUAUGGAUGAAGACAAUUCAAAAAAUUGUGCCGAAGACUCUGGUUUGGAAGGGCAUGAGUGCAUUGAAACCGAUGUAAGAUUUACUCAUGAUGAUAUCAAAAAGAGUAGACGGUUAGUACAAAAACAUUACGUUGGCAGCAGAACCUCUAGAGCUUAGAUGAUCUCUAUGAGCGCUGUCAUCAUAU